AUGAGCCGAGCGGGACCGGGUUUUGCGGGGACGCCGUCUGAUGGAUUCUCACCCGGCGACGACGACACGGACCACCUGAGGUUCCGGCUGGCUAAGACGGAGGAGGAGAUCGAGACUCUCAGGCAGGCGCUGCUGAGCAAAGAGAAGUCGGCCGCCGAUCUCCGCCGGCAGCUGGGUUUGGGCCCGUUGGAGAAUCUUAAGCACAACCUGUCCAAAGGCUGGCAAGACGUACGGACGUCGUCCCCAUAUCUGACGGCCUCAGCGGUCCUGGAAGACAUCGGCAACACGGAAGCGUGCGUGAGGACCAAGGAAGGUUUGGCUCAUGCAGGCCGUGUCACAUCUUCUGCAUUGUCCAACGUGGGCGUUGCUAUCACCAGAAGGUUGGCGGAGAUGAGAGCUCUACCGCUUCCAGGUCCGCCGCGCCACCACGUGAGCGUACCAUCCAUGAGACACUCUUCCACAUUCAAGUCUUUUGAAGAAAUGCUUGGCAACGUCAAGCGCUGCUUGUGCUUGGAACAACCCACACCCUACAGGAACCACGUGACCACCUGCGGCGACAUCAAAGAGUGUCGCAACUCUCUUUAUAUGGCUCUGAGUGUUACUAACUCCCCCACCCCACCUGAUCUCGUCAGCGCUAACGAGUUCGGUUGUGUUGGGGCGUGUCAUGCCAGCGAGUGA